AUGCGUGAUGGGGACGUCGCUAAACCAAUCGCUCUUGAUAUUCCUAAGGACACUUUUGAAGAUUUGAAUAUGCCACAAACAGCACGACCAGUCGACAAAUCGACGCCAGAGUUGCAAGCACCAUUAUGCUCUACAUCCAAGAUUUUGCCUGCAAGCGAGCCUCUCACCAGCCCUUGGGAGAUUGUUCGUCAGCUUCAAAAACACUCCUGUGAUUCGUGGGAAGAGACAGAUUUUGCCUGGCAAGAGCGGAAUUUGAAGAGGUCGCCAAACCCAGGACUUCAUCUAGUUGGAUUGGGGAUGGUCGGAUUUCCGUUAUCUGAGGCAGAUAUUGAUAAAAUCAAGAUGGCCAGCGCGCUGCAUAACCCUAAUGAUACAAGUCUUUCCGUUGGAGUGGACAUGCUGCAGCACAACUCUGUUUGGGAGGUUCCAGCUGGUGCUUGGGAGACUCAAAAUGCAGACUGGAAGCUAUUCUCUGACCCGAUAUUGGCAAGAUUCGUGACCGCAAUGGGUACGAAAGGAGCUUUCAGGAUCGUCAAGUCCAGCUUGAUUCUAUAUGGAUGUGGAGCCACUGGUGGACUUACCAAGAUGGCCGAGCCACCUCUAUCCAUUGGGACUCUCGAGAUCGCAUUGCCAUCUAAGCAUAGUCCCUUGACAACUACGUUCUCUUGUGGCGGAAGGCUCUACCCCCUUUCAAACUACAGAGAUUCUGAAUACUACUGCUCCGGCCUCGCAUGGCUGUCUGGAGUUAGUUUGACCAGUACUGCACUCACAUCAGGCCACCGACUUGUUCUCCGCUAUUCACUCCAACGGUCGGCUCCUGCACCUGGACCUCAACCUAAAGUCCUCUCUAUGCCAUCACUGGAGCAACAAACUGUGGCAUUGACGAAACUUCUACGUCACUGGGGUCAGCAAAUCGAUACAUUUCCAUUCGAAUAUUUGGCGCAUGUAUUUGAGACUCGGCUCGACAAUCAUCGUCGAACCACUUCUGUGUUUGACUUCCAGGGCACGGGUUCCGACAUGUUUAUGCUGGAAUGCCUUCAGAUCGUCUGUCGCAAUACAGGUUUCUACAUCUGCCUUGCAAAGAUGACAAUGACUACUAUGGAGAACGUCGAAGUCAGUGAAGAUGAAGACAUACCAUGGUAUCAUCGGUACGGCUGUGAAGACGUGGACGAAAGCACUGUCGAGAUAAAUGCAACAUUGUUCGCGGACCCGGAUGGCAUCGCGUUUUACGAAAACAUAACCGAAGACUUGGUCGACGAACAAAUUUUGAAUAUAGGCUGCAUUGACGAUGUCGAGCCUGAUGAGACUGAGGACUACGGAGACAUGAUCAAGAAAACAUAUCAAAGAAAAAUUGCCAUCUUCAUGCCUCGAACAUUCAAGACACAGUUCUACUUCGACAAUCAGACUCCUGAAAUUAUUAAGAGCUUCUUGGACGAAUUCAUCGCUGGCUCUGGGACCAACCAAUCAUCGCCUGUAUCGCAGGACGACAUUCGACGACUUUGUGCUGACUUUGCGAUAAAGGCAUCUUGGGAUAUAGUUUUGUAUAGUGGCGAUCAUGCACUGUAUGCUCGCAUAUUCGAGGCCCUCACUGUUCUACAAGAUAGCCAACUCAUAGAAAUGGCCUUGCCCUUAGCCUUCUUGUCCCAGCAGACUUAUGACGCACUGGUAGCUGUGGUGGAUGCUAAGGGACGCGACUGGUUGCUUGACUGCUUAGAAAGUAAUUUCCAAUCUAUCAAGAGCUUCAAAACGCGUUUGAAAGCCAUUGAAAGGGUGGCAAGCUAUUUGAGUAACCUUGAAUGGUUCCAUAGACAGCUUCUUUUUGCGCUGUCGCUCUUCAAAUUCAGCUCUUAUGCAGACGGAGAGCAAGUUGCUAAACUGGCAAGCUCGUAA